AUGUACACAUCCACAGCCCUGUUAAUCAUAAGGGCUCAGGUGCAUCAGUAUGGAGACAGAUUUGUGUUGGAGUGCCAGGACUGUGAGUGCAGGGAAGGACACUUUGAAAUCACUUGCUCUCCGCAUGAGUGCCCUCUAGUGGAAACCACCUGCGAUGAAGAAGGUUUCUACCCGGUGACUUACAUUAGUUCUGAAGACAUGUGCUGCAAUAAGACUGAGUGCAGGUGUAAUCCCAGCCUGUGCUCUAACAGUCCCCUCAACUGUGAUCCUGGUUUCCAACUAAAUGCUACCUUUCCUGAAGGACACUGCUGCCCUAUUUAUACGUGUGUUCCAAAGAAUGUCUGCGUUUAUUAUAAUGCUGAAUAUUUGCCAGACACUCAGUUCUAUGAAAACUGUACAGUUUGUGAGUGCCUCUCCUCAUCACUAGAAGUAAGAUGCAACCCUGUGAAGUGUGCUGCUCAGUGUGACACUGGAUUUGAACCUCAGUACAAUUCAAGCAGCUGCUGCCCAGAGUGUAUUCAGACCCAGUGCGUUUUGAACAUCAAUGGAUCGACUUUGUUAAUAAAACCGGGAGAGUCAAUUACCAGAGAUUGCACAACAUUCAGUUGCCCUUCAUCAGGAGUGGGGUUUGAGAUUGGCGUAUCCGACAUAAUCUGUCCACCGUUUGAUGAAGAUGAAUGCAGACCUGAAAAUAUCCAACUGUCAAACGAUGGUUGCUGUAAAACAUGUAAUAAAAAGAAUGGAUGCAAGUUAAAAACGUAUCUGCAAAAUGUGACUUCUGAGAACUGCCAAGCACAGGUCCUCAUGACUCGCUGCGAAGGAUUAUGUGAAACCUAUUCAAUGUACUCAUCUGCCGCAAAUGAAAUCUCUCACACGUGCAACUGCUGUCGAGACACAGAGACUAGUAUCAAAAGUACAACACUGCUGUGCCAGGAUGGAAACCAAAUCAGCUACAUGUACACCGGCAUAGACCAAUGUGGAUGUAUGGGCACCGUGUGUGGCCUGCCAAAAACUCAACCCUGAGAUCUAUGAGAGGCUUUGUUUAAUUAAUUACUCAAGAAUUACUGGGCAAUAAACUCACAAAUAUGUGUUUUAGUGCCAUAAAAUAUAGAUCAAAUUCCUGGCCUGUACAUUAUACUGUCCUUUAAUCUUACCCUUUUACCUUUUUCUACUGACUUUUCUAUGAGAUGAAAAACAUGGCCCUGUGGAACAAUUCUUGCUCAAAUCAGUAGAAUAGAAAAAUGGAAUGUCCUUUAUUGUUUAAAUUAAAAACAUUAAAAUAUGUGGUUCUUAUUCAAAAAAUGUAUCCUUUCAAAUAAAUCUCUUUUCUUAAAUUGCA